AGUUUCUCAGAGCAGUAGAAGUCGAGAAGUCUCUUCCGUCUCUUCUCUCUCUCCUUGCCCUCUGUCCUUCCUUAAAGAACCGCCAGACCACUACCUUUCUCUUCUCAACGACAUCAAUUUUAUUCAGAUUCUGGUAGUUGAUCGUAAAAUUUAAAUUUUGUCAGCAUGGCUCUCAACAAGAUGGUUCUGGGCAGAACGGAGGCAACGGCUCCCGAUGCCUUGAGGGCUGUUUUCGCAGAAUUCAUUGCGACGUUCCUCUUUGUGUUCAUCGGUGUCGGCUCAUGCAUCGCUCAUUCUAAGCUAAGCGAUGGACCACUAGAAGCUGCUGGCUUGGUCUGUAUCGCUGUCGCGCACGGUUUGGCUAUUGCCGUCACGGUGGCUGCCACUGCCAACAUCUCAGGAGGUCAUGUGAAUCCUGCUGUUACUUUUGGUCUUGCACUCGGCGGUUACAUCACCAUCAUCCGUGCUGCUUUCUACUGGAUUGCUCAGCUUCUCGGUGCAACUCUCGCUGCCUUCCUUCUCAAGGCCAUCAUUCUCACCUCUGGACUGAGCAUGCCGAUUCACGGUUUGGGAGCCGGAGUUAGCGUCAUAGGUGGACUUGUUCUUGAGACUGUGCUCACCUUCGCGUUGGUCUUCGUCGUCUACGCCACCGCUGUGGACGGUAAGAAGGGACAGAUCGGAAUCAUUGCACCGCUGGCCAUCGGAUUCACAGUGUUGGCCGACCACUUCAUCGGUGUGCCAUUCACCGGAGCAUCCAUGAACCCAGCUCGCUCUUUCGGACCUGCAUUGGCCGCCAUGGACUUCCACAACCAUUGGAUCUAUUGGGUCGGUCCUCUGCUCGGUGGAGGUAUCGCUGGUAUCAUCUACGACAGAGUGUUCAUGACUACCAUUUAUUUCAGCCUAGCCCUCAAUACGAAUCCCAUCUUUCUCGAGACCUCAUCAGUCAUUUAUGAAGAGUCUGAACGCCCUCCCCAGUGUUAAACCACUGUGCCUCUGGAAAUCACCAAACUGUCGACAUCAACGAGUUCAUAAGAUGUGUCUCUGGCUGUGCAUUCACUUUGUUUCGUCACUACAACUCCAGGACAGGUUCCUAAGGAGUUGUCGCGUGAUUGAGCACACAUGAGCACUUUGUUUGGUUGUAUAGACAUGUGUAUAGAUUGUAGAGAUUAGAUUUCCCAUAAGACAAAGAAUUCACAGUUUGAACUCUUUGGGUCUCUCUUUACUGUGACUUUUUAGUUUGGUCCGCUAACCGCUUGUGCACUUCUUGCUCUCCGAAGGACAGAUGUAUUUAUAAAAUCAGAUUUUCUCCUG